GAACCCUGGCACGCCCGGGGAAAGGCGUCCACGGGUAGCUAUAUGUACGCCAUUGCCACUUUCUUCUGGACAUGAUCUUGAGUAAGCUUUAAGACUUCAUCUUCACUUCUUUCCCGCCGCAUCAAGGACAAUUCUCAGAUAUUUGCCCUUCGAUAGCCGACACCUUUUUGCUUGCGUGGCAUUUCUACUUUGCCGCCUUCAUACAACAUGGCGUUUUUACCAAUCUUCCUCUCUUGCUUGCUACUCUCCAUUUUGUCGAUAACAAAUCUUGCGCUUAUAAGCUCGAUGGUUGCCUGGCUACACAUACAAAAGACCCAGGUCAAAAGCUACGCUAUCAACUGGCCAAAUGAUUCCUUCCAUCUGCAGGCUUUACCGGAACACCUCUGGUUGGACCAAGGACACACGUCCAACGGAGUUGCUGGCUAUGGCUUCUUUCUAGGCCUGGUAGGGCUAUAUGUCGCAUGGAGACAGCGAAAGCGAGACGGAAGGGGUCCUUCCAAAACACUCCUGGGGCUCGUCAUACUACUCUCGCUAGCCGUUGUGUUCACUCUCGUGGCGCUCGCCUUCGUCUUCACCGUCGCGCAUGAUACCAAAGGCCAAACAAUCCUGUCGUCAGUCGCAAAAGCUGGCGUCAAGUACCCCGCGCACAAAUGGACUCCGGCGACAUGGUACAAAGCUGUUCUGAAAUUGCCCCUGGCCGACGGUAGCGUGCGAUCCGAUAUCAAGUCUCACGUCACCAACAUCGAAGCAUGGGAAUACAUGCUCAUCCCGAUCUUCCUUACCGACAUCCUCGCACUGGGAAUUGCGGUCACGGCGAUGAUGAAGCAGCGAAAGGGUCAGCCUUCCGAAAAUCCUACCGAAAAAUGAGCAAUCGCUUACGUCCUGGAAGAAAUAAAAUACAGCGGCCUCAACCGCGGAGAGAACAAAGUACCACUUGAACCGUAUCGACCAACUGUGUAAUAAUUCCAGUGAGGAAUUUGGGAUAUCAAAAGCGUCGAAGGGGGUCUCUUGUCUUGGAGGAUGGUUCGUAGGCUUACGACUCUCAUUACCCUACGGAGGGGGAUAAAAAAUCUGGGACUACAUUUAUAUUUCUAGUUGGAUUUUGGUUGCGAUUUGGUCGCUGGGAUCAUUCCUUUCAAGAUAUCCACUGUUCAGAUACCAUUAAUACGACUUUCGUUGCAUGUUGCUUGAA